GGUGUAGUUUUACUUCCUUUCUUUGGUUUUCCUUAUGUCUGAUUGUUUCAUUGUUGUCACCUGUUGACUGGUGUUUCUGCCUCCCCUCCCCAGCUGUGGCUGGUGUUGUGAUUAGUGUCUUUGUAUUUAGUCCUGCUUUCCUUUGUGUUCUUAGUCAGUUCGUUGUCGUCCUUCACGUACCAAGUGAAGUAUUUAUGUCCCGGAUUUCCCUAAACUUUGUAUUUUUGUUAAUGGCUUUUUACAAUAAAGGCACGCUUUUUGUUGAAAUUGGUGUUCCACCUCCUUGUGCUGCACUUGGGUCCUGAUUUACCCCCUCCCUGACAGAACGAACUGACCAAAGAUGGACACAGCAGCUGAUCUACACGAGGCUACCCCCUGCAGUAGACGAAUCCAAAGUACAAAUUAACCAUUUGUUUUGGUACACUGUUGAGAGGCAGUUCGGCCGUCGAAACCAUAGACGGUAUCCACACCGACACUUUUAGCCGGGGGUUUUUCAACUGCAAGUAAUAAGUGCUGACCAGAGGCGCAUAAUGUCUAUCCCGGACCGUAGCAUCCAGCAGUGUGUUGGACCCAAUCUGGAAAAUAUCGAGGUGAUGCGGAACCAUUCUGUGCUCUUCAGAGCAGAGUGCAAGAGGCUCAUCCACGAAACUGACAAAUCGUGCAAACGCAUGCAAAAUGAUGACAACAAGCAACUAGAUCAGCGGGUCAGAGAUAUCCAGUUUCUGAAGAAGGAGUUGGAGCUGAAGCUGGAGGAGAUUAUCGUGGAGAUUGAUGUCCUCAUAGCGUUGCAGAGCAGAGUGGGGAAAGCCCUGGAGGCCUGCAGAGAACCUCUGAGAGUCACCGUGGUCUGUCUGGAGGAGAGAAUGAAACGUGUUCCUCCCGAGAGGCUACAUGACGAGGUGGACAGAGAACUGCUUAGGGAGAGGGAGGUGAUCGAGGGAGUGGCUUCCCUUCUGCAGCGUGUAGCGGAGCAGAUCACUGAGCAGAUACGAUUGAAUCGAUCCAUUAAGUACCAUCUGGAGCAGGAUCUGAAGGAGAAGUUUGAGGCUCAGUGCAUCGACAACUCAUGUGCCUUAAUGACCACUCAUUCCAUCAACAGCCUGCAGAGGUCCAAACACACCCAAACUGUUCUGCAGAGCUUGACAGUGACACCAGAGCAGUGGGAGAACAUCUCGGACAUCAACAUGGCCAAAGCGGAGCAGCAGCAGACCAACUCUCUGUCCUUGCGGGCCAUGGUGGAGUCUCUCCUGGAGCAGACGGUGGCUGACAUGCAGAAGCAGUUCCAGGCCGCCACAGAAACAUUUCAGCUCAACGUGCAGGAGAUCAAGUCUGCCAAGGGACUGAUGGAGGAUCAACUGGCUAAGAUUCUGUGUGAGUUUUCCAGCGAGCAGAGGAACAAAGAGGAUCUGCAGGUGGCCAUCGCAGAGAGCAAGCAUGUUCUGAGUUUGGCUCAGGCCCGACUGGUUAUGCGUCGCCAGAGGCCGGGCAAAGAGCAAUGCCACGACCCGGCCCAGACCCAGCUGCUCGCUGAGGUCCAGCAGCUCAACGCUCACAUCAACAGACUCCGCGAGGCAGUGUCUCACUCCGAGGAGCAGCAGAGGGCUCUGGUGCGCUGCCAGCUGGAGCUGCAGGAGAACAUCGAAAGGAAGGCCAGCUCGCUCUACAUCGACGAGGUCAUCUGCGCCCAGCACAGGGAGCCCAUCAUCAUACCUAACUUCUGAACCACUGGAAAUAAUUGAUAAAAGGUCACUUCAAAUGAUAUGUGUCGAUCUAUUUCUACUUCAUAUGUACUUUAUGUUCUAACAAAUUCUCGAAAUUUCUUGAACCACAAAACAUAAAAACAUUUUUAAUGACUCUGGUCAGGUUAACAAUAUCUAUUAUUUUCUAUUUCUAAAUUACAAAAUAAAGGAUGAAGAAAAUACAAUAGCCUUCACACAGGGAGAUCCUGUACAGAGUUUUUAAUAGCGUGCCUCUGAAAUAUGUUAUUAUGUAUUUGAGAUAAAUCCAUCUCAGAUUUGAACAUGUAAGGUUAUUUAUGUUAAUGGGGGUCUUCAGCAGCACCUGAUCCAUUUCAACAUGUAUUCUUUACAGUGAAAGUAGCCCUAUAUGCUGCAUAUUCAAAACAUUUUGCAUCAUAGUUUAGUAGCUGUGUUUUUUAUCAGGUGUUUCAACUUGGAUACAAAGCGUUAUAUUUGACUUUGGGUUUUGGCGAUGAAGUGAUCAGAUGCAGGUUGUUUGCUGCUUAAUACUUUAGACAUCUACAUCUAUAAUUUUGUUCCCUUUUCGGUUCAUUGAGGUGUUAGACGCUCUACUACAAAACGUUAUGUUUGCAUAAUUUCCAAUAAAGUAUUUUGAUUGAUUUAAA